UAGUAGGCUAAACACUCGCCCAGAAGGGAGCAGUUUUGUCGGGGAGAUCAUGUCACAUUGAUGCGGCCGGGAUGUGCUUUGUGCUUGAUUAAAGCUCUGUGUGUGAACAGUUCGUAAAUAUAAAAACCUUUAGAGACUGAAUGAUGGUGCCUGGGGCUCCUACAACCAUGCUUCCCGCUUCCGAGGCUGCCAAAAUCUACCAGACCAACUACGUGAGGAAUUCCCGCGCUAUCGGGGUUCUGUGGGCCAUCUUCACCAUCCUCUUCGCUAUUGUCAACGUGGUGUGCUUCAUCCAGCCCUACUGGAUUGGAGACGGGAUGGACACGCCGCAGGCCGGCUACUUCGGCCUCUUCCACUACUGCAUCGGAAACGGGCUGUCCCGGGACCUGAAGUGCCAGGGCAGUUUCAUGGAGUUUAGCACCAUCCCCUCCGGCGCCUUCAAAGCUGCGUCCUUCUUCAUCGGGAUGUCCAUGGCGCUGGUCAUCGGAUGCAUCGGCUGCUUCACGCUCUUCUUCUUCUGCAGCACAGGCACGGUCUACAAGAUCUGCGGCUGGAUGCAGCUGGCUGCGGGUACGUGUCUGAUUCUGGGCUGUAUGAUCUACCCAGACGGCUGGGACAGUGACGAGGUGAAGAGGAUGUGUGGGGAGCAGACAGACAAGUACACCCUGGGAGCGUGCUCCGUGCGCUGGGCCUACAUCCUGGCUAUCAUGGGCAUCAUGGACGCCCUGAUACUCUCCUUCCUGGCCUUCGUCCUGGGAAACCGUCAGGAUGGGUUGAUGGCUGAUGAGCUGCUGGAUAAGACUGGUAAUUCCAUAUAAACAGUCAAAUACUGUACAAAGGUGUUGGUGCCCAUCAGAGGUAAAGAUAAUGUAACACAACGUUCCAGCUUCAUACCUGUCACUCUGGAGGUGGAAAGGAGAGCUAUUGCUGUUGGAAAGAACAGAACGAGAAAAAGACGAAUGAAUGAAAGGAGGAGACAGCCACUCCAAGAGAAUCCACUUCGUAAAGACCAACCCCUACGGCCCCGUUCUCAUCCAGACAUGACCUUGAUAUUGGCAACAACAGAUGGAAGACUUCAUAUUGUUUUAUGAAAUGAAAUCCGUUACUGAGUGGACACAGUAGGCCGAUUGCUUUAUGGGCGGCAGAUAGCCUAGCGGUUAGAGCAUUGGGUCAGAGGCUUGCUGAUUUGCUCCAGAGGCGCUGUACUACUAUGGCUGACCCUGUAAAACAACACAUUUCACUG